AUGUUAAGACACUGUAUCCCGAGAACAGUGCUCUGCCGGCCGCGGCUGCUCUUUGUCAGAUAUUUUUCUGAGCGAGUAGACGAGGCAGAUAUAGUGAACAGUGAUGAAGCCUCGCCGCAUGCCUUCGACGAGCCGCUACCGUGGGAAAAGCUGCCCGAAGAGGAACAUAUUAUACUCAAGCCCACGGCCCAGAAAAAAUCGAAACUCACAAACAUCAAGGAGACGCUGGAGAGCGGCAGGUCCGGCCGCUCCGAGCGGUCAAAAAAACGGCUCGACAUGAUUGAGUUCGAGAAGGGAUUGAAAAAUCUUAUGGUCUUUAAGAUCCCGUCCACAGACAACCAGCUGUUUAAAGACCUGGACAAUUUGCAGCCGCGGAACAGCACGAUCUCGGCCAAAUCUCACGCAGAGCUGGAAACAAAGCUGGUCAAGGGCUACCAAAAAGCACAGCUUUUAGAGUACAUUGGCUACAAGCACGUUUCUCCUCCCGCUGCCAAGUCCACCAAGAAGAAGCUUGCCCAGUAUAUAAUCCAAAAAUGCUGGGACGUGGCCAUUUCCGAGGACUCGCCCGUAGAGGUGCUCAAGCAAGCGGAAAUUACGCUACAGAGCAAGAAAGAAGCGUUUUUGCUGCUUUCGCACUCUGGCUACCUCAUGCAGUCAUGGACCAGACUUGGCGCCCGGCUCGAGCUCAAUCGCGGUCUUUCACGUCUCACAGUGCGCGGCAACCAGGCGCUUGUGAACUUUGUCCAGGCAUCGUGGAACUAUCUGCUGAAUCACGUGAGCACGUCCGUGGCCCAUCUCAACGAACUGGCCUCGUUCUACACUGACAAACUGCACCGACACAUGCCAAUUGCGGAGCUCCAGAAACUCAGCAACGUGUACUUUGAGGAAAUCAACAAGCAAGACAAGCUGUUCCAGCUCAGCACAUUCAAUCCUGCCAAUUUGCAGCUGGCCAAGUCGCUGUUAUUGGCAGCUACAGACUUUUCUGCCACCUCUCACAAACACAUAGACGUUUCCGGCGCCUCCACGGAACACAGAAAACUGUACCAGGACUCUUCGUUGCCAUGGUGGGCUGCUGGCCCGCUGUAUCGGUACGAAUUGCCGCAAAAACGGGUCCAAGAGUCGUCUUUUGAACAGAACUUUGACCCCGAGUCGCUGGCCAAAGAAGUCGAUCAGCUGCGGUCUGAGGUGGCCGAGGCGGCCGAGAAGUUUCAGUACAACUUCCUGGACCAGAAACAGGAGACAAAGCCAUUUUCUCCGGCCGAGAUUUCUGUCCCCGACUCGUCUGCUCCGUGGUUGGCCAAGAGCCGGGAAAUCUAUUCCAAACUGACUCCGGAGGUGCAAAGAGACGAAUCAUGGCUUCCCAGAACAUUCAACGCGACAUUCGGCAAGCUGCUGUUCAACGAAAACGCCGCCAGCGCCGGCCUUUUCCACGCCAACCUGCCCCAGAUCAAUAAAAAAAUCGGCAUGCUCAACUUGUACGACAAAAACGCACGCUUUUUCGGUUUCGCCGGAGGCAUCAAAAACAACUUCGAGCACUCGCUACAGGUCAAGCUGGUGCCUGACGCGUACGGAAAAUUCGAUAAUUUCAUCACGCUGCCCAACGUCGAGAUAUGGUUCCAGAUCUCAAAAAAUAAGGUCGACCUGUCAUCCUGCAGCAUCUACGUGAACGAAAACGAAGUUAAUUGUGCAUUGGCGCUCCCUGAGCUUCACAACGACGUCAUGUUCCAGUCCACGUGCAACUCGGUCCUCCUGGACGGCUCCAACCCCUACGACCCGGGCCUGCCGUCCCAGAGACCGCUGCAAAACGUGAUCAACUCGCUCUCCUCAAACAUGCUGGAUAUGUCAGACACCAGCGCUCUCAACCAGCUGGUCAAUACCCUGGUGUCGCGCAAGAUCCCGAUCCGGCUCGCCAAGGACCAGGAGCCGGCCAAUUACCUCGUCACGGCUAUCAACAGACGCAGGUCGAUCGAGCUGGACUUCGACGGCUGCCACCUCAUGUACGACGUGGUUUCGAACGGAAAAAACGAGCGAUUCGAGGCAUCGCUGCUGGCACCCGAAACAGAACCGGAAAUGGACGCGGCUAGCUUCGAAAGGUUCGCCAAGACCGUCAACCGGUUCCUACUCUACAUCCAAUAG